AUGGAGUCCUAUGACAUUAUAGCUAACCAGCCGGUUGUGAUCGAUAAUGUAAGUAUGAUGUCACUCUACCACACCCUUGCCUAGCUAACUUGCUAACGACUAGCCAGGGAGGUUGGCUAGCUAGUGUUGUGUUGGAAGCUUUGAUCGAAGAUUUUUAUAACUAAUCCAAGAUAGACCACAGCCUGUCGUUUCCAAUGGAAACAAAAUAGUCAUAGUUGGGCGAGAUCCGAUUGGCCAGUUUUAGCAUGCAUCUACAUAUUUCUGUUAGGGAACAUCUACUCUGAAGUGCGCAUGUGCAAUAACUCAUUUCGCCUUUGCACCCCUUCUAAACAACGCGAUUAAAAAAAAAUUUGGGGGGCAAAGGGUCAAGUGUACAACAGAUUAUAUUUUUGGGAAAAGAAAACUGUAUUGAGAUCAAAUGUUUCAUCUAGGAGAACAUUUGCAGAAUGAUGGCCAAAAUCCAUUUCCUUCAAUCUACUCCCACUGCCGGACAUUGGGCUUCCAUAUUUGGUAGUGAGUGGAAACGCCAAGUGGAUGCUUCACGUUUAUACAUCCGGUGAAAUAUCUGUCUCAUUGUUCUAUCUGUGCUUUGAUAGCUGACAUUACUGAAUACAGUGUACUAGCUUGCUAUUCAUUAAUAUAUUCCAGUUGCAUUUAGCCAGCUCUUUCCACGUACACCUCGUGUAGUAGAAUGUUUCUUUGUCAAAUAUUUAUGUUGCUGUGUGUGCUGCAGAACCAGCUAGUUAGCUAGCGUUGUUCUUUUUCAUCCAAACACUGGUUUGCCUGUGUCGUCUCCAUCAUACGUUCUGUUCUGGAAAAAUAACUAGCUAGCUAGAUUCAUAUGAUACAUUUACAGUUAACGUCAGCCACUAACUAGGUAACUAGCUGCAACACCGGCUAGACACACAGUUGGGUCGCCGGGAGACAAACCCCACCUUGCGAACGGCUAGCCAUCUAUUUGAAAUGCGUUGGCCGAGAAAGAAAUUAGCUAGCAGCGUUAGCAAGUGUUAGCUAUCGCCACCUGUCACUGAUUAUGCACCUUAGCGCAUACCACUCAAGAAAUAAACAACUUAAUUCCAAAAUGAGCUGCUUUACUAGAUUAUUUAACCUGAAUGAGUGUACCCGACCUUGCAGGUGAUAACUGUUGUGUUGUUGUCAACAUAAUACUACCUGUGUCAUAUGUUGCCCUGUCAUUAGCCCAGAGGCCUUUCAUGCUAAUGUUUUACUGGAGUAGUACUCAAACCAUUAUAACUAUUCAUUAUAAGGAAAGACUAGGCAUGUUAAAGCCCAGUGAUGCUGCCAUGACCCAGCAGACAGGGGCUGGAAUGUGUGUGAUGUCUCAGAAGGAGAGGGAUGAUGCCUUCUGCUGCCUCAGGCUGCGUCUUAUGAUCCAACACACACAAGAGGAGUGUUAAUUGUGGUGGGUGGGACAGACAACUUAAGUAGUCAUAGCUUUCUCUCCUGUCCUCUCUCUCCUAAUCUUCCCUCUGCCUCCAUCUGUCUCUCCCCAGGGUUCAGGUGUUGUCAAAGCUGGCUUUGCUGGAGACCAGAUCCCCAAAUACUGCUUCCCCAACUAGUAAAACCUUUAUUUUUACCUAUCCUACAUCAAUAACACACAGCUGUGAUUCAGAUAGAUAGUAUCCGAGGGGUUGUGUUUCUAACUUUGUGUUCUGUUGUGUGUGAUCCAGUGUGGGCCGGCCCAAGCACGUGCGCGUGAUGGCAGGAGCCCUGGAGGGGGACCUCUUCAUUGGACCCAAAGCAGAGGUAGGCUUCAUACCAUAGUCUUACACACACACACACACACACUAUGAAGGGGCCUGUUUCAACAAGCCUCUAACCCUUCUCUUAUCUCCCUCCCUCCCAGGAGCACAGAGGGUUGCUGUCUGUCAGGUAUCCUAUGGAGCAUGGUAUAGUGAAGGACUGGAACGAUAUGGAGAGGAUCUGGCAGUACGUCUACUCUAAGGAACAGUUGCAGACCUUCUCAGAGGAGGUGGGCUCUCCUCUCACCUCCUUAUUCUCCUCCUCCUCUUUUCCUGUCUCUAAUCUCCUCACUAUGUGAACAGUUAACCAUUGUAUUAAAUGUAAAUGUUAGGCUUGUUGAUUUAUUGAAUUGUAUAAAAAUGAUGGAUGUUGUAAGAAUGCGUGAAAAGUAUUUAACAGACAAGGGAGCUAGUAUGACUAAGAAAGCGGUUUUCAGCCUUCUGGCUAGCAUGCUAACUGGAUAUCUCUUCCCCUCCAGCACCCUGUCCUGUUGACUGAAGCCCCUCUGAACCCCAGUAAGAACAGGGAGAAGGCGGCUGAGGUGUUCUUUGAGACCUUCAAUGUCCCCGCCCUCUUUAUCUCCAUGCAGGCAGUCCUCAGUCUGUGAGUGUGUGUGUUUGUGUACAUACUUGUGUGUGUGUGUGUGUGUGUGUUAGUGUGUGCAGGCACGCUUUUGUGUGUUAGUUAUACUCACGCCCCUUUCUCUGGCCCAGCUAUGCGACAGGGCGUACCACGGGUGUGGUGUUGGAUGCGGGUGACGGGGUGACCCACGCGGUGCCCAUCUACGAGGGCUUUGCCAUUCCCCACUCCAUCAUGAGGGUGGACAUCGCUGGAAGGGACGUGUCCCGUUACCUCCGGCUGCUGCUACGCAAGGAGGGCUACGACUUCCAUACCUCCGCAGAGUUUGAGGUGGUCCGCACCAUCAAAGAGGUACGGGACGGACAGUGUGUGCAUGUGUGACCUAACUAGAAGAAAAUGCAGGGCUCAAUAGGAAUUGCUGUCAAUUAGGCCUUGGUGAUAUGGCCUAAAUAUCAUAUCUCCAUUUUUUUCAAACUUAUGGGCGAUUCACGAUAUAUAUCUAUUUUAUUUUUUUAUUUUUAUGUUUUCUCUAAAUAAGCAUUGUUGUACAAUUUAAAGGUCAAAUACACUGCAUUUCAAACAGUCAGCAAUAAUCUAAUGAAUUCAGGGCUUGUGAAGUUAUACCUAGGCUAAAUAUAAGCCUUCCACAACCAUAAGAACCACUAAUAAUUACAUUAUUUUAUCAAAAUAGUUCAACCUGUUUUUUAUUGUUAAAAAAUUUAACUAGAACCAUCCAUAAUGCACAUUCACUAAUAAUGACUAACGUCUUUUAGCAGGCAUUAGGCUAUAGAAAGUUAACACAGGUCUCAUCAACAAUCAGUCAAGCCCAUGUGCUAGUGAUUAGCCAACUUGGAUGUAUUUGCUAGCUAACAAGGCAGAACAGUUGACUUGUUAUGAACACACCCUUCUGUCAGUCUCCAACUGUUUGAACAGCAUGCUAACCUGUCCACUUUGUUCAGAUGUUGAAAUCAAGUGGCCUACCUUAUUUCUCAGAAUGAGAACGAGUUGCCAAUUCCUUAUAUAAUUGUGUUUUAUGCUAAUUGCACAUUUAUAAAACACAGACUUGCUAGUAUAACAGUCAUUGGCUAAAAUGCUGCUAGUGGUACGUGGUACGCCAGUGCUGCGCACGACAAACUGAGCAUGCAUUUUCCAGAAUCAAUUUUCAUUGAUACUCCCGUUUUAGUAGUGUCUGCUCUGCGCACAAUUUGAGUAGUUGAGACAUAAGAAGGGUAUCGUUAGAAAAGUUAACUUCUCCUCUAUUACAGUAAAAUAAUGUCUCAAUGUGUUUUGGUGUCCAUAUGACCGAUUCUGUUGGACCAAACCACAAAUGCAAAUAGCGAGUUGAAACAGCUUGUCAGAGAGUAAGAUGUGAUCUCUCAACUUUGUUGGCGUGAGAGGCCGGGGGAGGAGCUUGGUGUGUGUAAACCAUAGAGCAAGAGGCAAAGUGAGAGGUUUCACUCUCGCUAAAAUCUGUCCAAAAUAAGCCCAAUGUGUUUCUAUGGGCUUAUUUUUUUACCUAAGCUUGUCACCUGCCUUCCUGCCUUUGGGACAACAACUCCCAUUGUUAGGGCGGAGACAUGCAUCUCGCACAUAAGGAGCGACGGAGACGAGACCAAAAAUACAACACGAGAACAAGCGGACAUAAACGCUCAUAAAGACGAAAUGUGAUACAGGCAUUUGGAAUAUCGUGUAAAAAUAUACAUUCGAAUUAAUCAAAUUAAUUUGAUAUAUUGGCCAGCCCUACUGUCAAUAGGAGCUGUCAAUAGGGAUGUGUUGGUAAUGUGGGUGUGUGUUUCUGUCCUCAGAGAGCCUGCUACCUGUCCCUGAACCCCCAGAAGGAUGAGACUCUGGAGACCGAGAAGGCCCAGUACACACUCCCCGACGGCAGCACACUGGAUGUGAGUCACACACCACACACACACACAGACACACACACACAUACAAACACACACCUUUUGUUUUCAUUUGAAGGACCACAAACAUCAACAACAUCACUCUGACACCCAGUUGACCCUAACUCUGACCUCUGCCCCCUGUCCAGAUUGGUCCAGCCAGGUUCCGCGCGCCAGAGCUGCUGUUCAGGCCAGACCUGAUUGGAGACGAGAGCGAGGGGAUCCACGAGGUGCUGGCCUUCGCCAUCCAGAAGUCUGACAUGGACCUCCGACGCACACUCUUCUCCAACAUCGUACUGUCUGGAGGAUCCACACUGCUCAAAGGUUACACACACGUCACACACACACACUGACCAAAAACAACUAAUAGCAGUGUGUUGUGAAAGUAGGUGUUUUCUCAUGUGGUUUAAGGCCCCUUAGCUAAGUGUUGUGGAAACCUACAAAAUGUUAGCUAACACAGUCUUUUCUGCUGCAGGCUUCGGGGACAGGUUACUAAGCGAAGUGAAGAAGCUCGCUCCCAAAGAUGUGAAGAUCAAGGUAUAGUAAUUAAUGACCCAGCUUAUCACCUCUUCUUGGCCAGAGCUCAGCAUUGUCGUGACGUGACUUUCAUUAAUAUGAUGACUGUUAUUUAUCGAAUCAACUAACUAUGUUUAAUUGUUACUCAAUGAAAUGAAUCAUGUAACAAUUAACUCAUUAGGAUUUGGGGCACCACGUAAUAAGUUGUUUAUAGAGUUACCAUCUCCCGAAUUAAACUCUAAAUGUCUUUACCUAUCAAAAUGUAUAAAACAGUCAACGUAUUAAUCAUUACCUCUUAUCAGUCUCAUUCUGAACGGUAGCAGAAUUCUUGGAUCCGCUAGAACCCCAGCUUUACUUAUGAUUCAGCACUACACAAAUUGGCUUAAUUAUUUAUUUACUAGCUAACUAAAUAAUAACACAGAAUACAUACACUUAAUACAUGAGAAAAGGUCCCUAGCGGACUAACAGCAUGACUGCUUGGUUAUCAGAAGAGGGAGAGGUAAGGAAGAGGGAGGGAGGGGGAGAGACAAAGAGAGAGUCAAAUUAUCGUUGAUGCAUUGAAAUAGAACAGAUACUCAGAUGCCUUCUAAUGAUUGACUGAGAUGGGAUUUUCUUCUUCCCACCUCGUGGGAAAUGUAUGCCCUCACUAACUGUAACUCGCUCUGGAUAAGAGCGUCUGCUAAAUGACUAAAAUGUAAAUGUAAAAAUGUGUCUUUAGUCAAAGUUCUAUAUCCCUUUACACGCACAGCUGCAGACUGGCAAUUUUCUGGUCUAUUGAGUUUAUCUUCUUCAGCUCGUGUUGAGAUUCAAUGUUCUAACCAUUUCAAACGUGUGGACUACCGUCUCCACGCUUUCUGGUCUGAUGUGAAUUUGUCUUUCAAGCCUUUAUGCCCUCUUGGUAAAAGGGGCGUUCCUACUUGCUGACACGAUCUCUGAGCUCACUUGGGGCGUGGCUACUUACUGUGCAUAGUUUAAAUGAAAAACAAAGACCUCAUUAGGAAACUAAAAUCACAUUCCAAUCUUAACAAAAAUACUUUCAUCAUUGUUCUUCAUUUCUUACACACAACGUAUUGGAUGAAGACUUGACAGAUAGAAUGUGUAUACUUUCCAAAUUACAGUAUGUUCUUGAUACCAUCCUUAAUGACAUCACAAAAUAAUAAACAAUAUGACAUUAUUAUUCUUUAGAUCCCCACUGACCAUUCCCCACAUUCUGAUGUUGGAAAUAUUGAUCCAGUGUUCACUUUUUGGAAGUAAAAGUUUUGGCGGCAAAAGUAUUCUGGAGACAAAGCACAUUCCUUUACCAAUACUGAAGGACAAGGGAGACAUUCCCCUCCUGCCUAAUUUACGACUGAGUGUUAAGGUGUCAAAACCGGCCCAGCCCCCCCCCCCCCCCCCCUCCCCUCUUCUGUGGGUAGGAGGGGUCUGGUUGUUGUCAGCCAUUUGCCAAGAUGAUCUGAGGCCUUUGAUCCUCAACCAGGAGAGUCAUGACAGCAUGUUACUAUAUUAAUCUGAUGUUUUUAGCAUGUGUGGGCAGGAUGUCUCCUCAACAAGCCCCGGCUGACUUCCUGUUUCUCUCUGUGUUUCCUGUCCAGAUCUCCGCCCCUCAGGAGAGGCUCUACUCCACGUGGAUCGGGUAAGAGAUUACCACACACAGACUCACUCACAGUCACACAUCUCUCUAUUCCCUAAUCCCCCUCUCCUCUCCUCCCUCUGUUGUGUUCUGUGUAGUGGCUCCAUCCUGGCGUCGUUGGACACCUUUAAGAAAAUGUGGGUCAGUAAGAAGGAGUAUGAGGAGGACAGAGCACGGGCCAUCCACAGGAAGACCUUCUAA